UUCGUGGAUAAUAUAAAUAUGUGGCUGAAAUUUCUAAAUAAAAAUACUAGGUGCUACAAACUGAGCUUGACAAUCUCAAAAAAGAAUUAUGUGAUAGAAAGGAUUCAUGUGAAAAGCUACACCAAGAAAAACGUUUUGUUCAACCUAAACAAGCAAAAAGAAAAUUAUUAAAGGAUGAAGAAGAUAUUUUUUAAGGAAAACAAUGAAAGUGGUUUCGAAAAAUGCAAUUGUAUGAGAAUAGAAGAAGAGAAUGGACCCAGCUCAAAGCCCAAUUUCAUCCCUGUCAAUGAGUUUACUGACGCGGAUUUGCCUGGGCCCAUCCGGCACAGCUCUUUGACACAAUACAUUCGGCAGCAAGAGAAGCUUGUUGUUCAUCUGUAUGUCCAGAGGAAAAAUGGGAUUUCUGGGACAGGUUUUGUGUGGACCUGUCAGGACAACAUUGAAGUCUUUGAUGUUUGCCCGGCUAAACAAUGCCGGAUUAGGUAUCCGCACAAAGGAUAUGGCGGGCUGCUUGUUUAUACUAAUCACUCUGUUGUGAGGGAUGAUGUGGAGGCAGCCACGUGUGAAGUGACGUUUUUUUAUAACUCUGGUUGUUUUAUUGGCGUGGAAGAUUCCAGCUGUAGUCCUGUGUCUGAGCAUGUAUCAACAGAGAACUUAACUGCUUCUUUGUCUAGCGAAAACUGCAGUUCCGCGCCUGAUUCGAAAAUAUUAAACACAGCUGAGAAACCUGCAAAUACACUUGGAACAAAACCUGUCAGAGCUUACGGCCUGAAAUUAAGGGAAUGUGAGGAAAACAAAGAUCUUGUAGGUUUAAAAAUAAUCUACCACGACCUAGAACUAUUUGAUAUGGUGCGGGGCGCCAGCAAAACAAAUUUGUUGUCAAAGAUCCCUAACCAGAUCAAGGUAAACUGGAAAAAAUAUGCCAUUGUUAUAUCACACCCACACGGAGGGUCAAAGGUCGUAAGUGUUGGAGAUCUUGUUGCUUUGGAGGAGGAAGAUGAAGACAGACCUCGCAGAACCACAAAAUAUACAGCCUCCACAUGUAAUGGGAGCUCAGGUGCACCUGUGUUUACUGGUAGCUACUCAUAUAGGCCAUUCACGCACCGAGGGAAAUAUAAAGGGUACAACGUAUCCUUCUCAUUCUAGGUCUGUGUUUUAAUGUGCAGCUGGAUAGUCAGUUAAAUAAUAUGAACUAGUUACGCCUUUGUUGUAAGUCGGUUAAUUUAUAAAUAUGAUAACUGUUCAAAGGGAAACUUAUAUAACAUUUGCUACUCACUACAGCAUCCAUGAAGUUAAAUUGACUAUCCUUAGUGGAUAUUUGAAUUCAGCAUUGGCUCGGUUACUGCCACCUUACCAAACCAACCCGGCUAAAAAAAAUUAUCUGUAACUACAAGCCACCUGUUGGAUGUAAAAUUUGUUUUUGUUGAUGUAAAUUACAAGAAUUUUAAAAAUGUAACAGAUAGAUAAAAGCUAGUAAAAAAGCAAGGAUAUUGUAAAAUAACAUUUUAUUUGAAAAGUGAUACAGUACCAAAUGUGUUGUAUAA